AUGAGUUUGCUAAGUCUUUGUAAGAAAAGGAUAGUAGAGGAGAUCAUUUCGCCGGUACAUGCAAUGUCUGCUUCUGGGAGCGAUGGAUAUUUAACUAUGGUAGUUGAUCAGUUUACACUGAAAGUAAUUUCUUCUUCCUGUUCAUUUUAUGAUAUUAUUGAGGCAGGAGUAACAAUAGUUGAGCAGUUACAUUCAAAAAGAGAGCCAUUAAGAAAAAUGGAUUGUAUUUACUUUAUAACUGGCAAUAAAAGAAAUCUUGAACGUGUUCAGAGAGAUUAUGAAGGUGGAGGGAUGUAUAGGUCGGCUCAUUUAUUUGUUACUGGUUUUAGGGGAGAGAGAAUAUCAGGUUUUGACAUACUUUCCAACCAUGAUGGCCUUCUUAGAAAGUUAUUAACCUUUAAAGAAGUUAAUUUAGACUUCAUUCCAUAUGAUAGUAGAACUUUCUAUAUUGAUAAUGAAGGUUUAUUCAAAACUAGUCUUGAUCUUUCUGAAAAGCUUCAGCAACAAAUCAUGUCUGGAAUUAAUACUUUAUGUAAGACUCUUGGUAUUAAUACCAAGCCAAUAAUAAGAUAUCAAAAUUGUGGAAGAGUAGAGGUAUCAGCAGAAUGUAAGAAUUUUGCUGAUAAGCUUAAUAACUUGCAGAAUGGAAGUGCUGAGAGCAGUGAAGAAUGUACCAUAUUAUUGUUAGAUAGAAGCUUUGAUGCUGCUCCAUUAUAUAUACACGAUUACCAUUACCAGGCAUUAGCCUAUGAUCUAUUGAAAAUUCCAGUAUCUCUAAGUAAUCCUGAUAAUUACAAUAUUGUAUCAAAUACUAGAUUUGAAAAUACUGAUUUCAAAAGUAGUGAUAACCAAAAGAUGGACGACGUAUAUGAAUAUGAAAUCUCUAGUACCGGAGGUAAAAAAGAGACAAAAAAGGCAGUACUUGAUGAAAGGGAUUCAAAAUGGGUAUUGUAUAGACAUGAUCAUAUUGGAAAUGUGAACCAAGCAAUUACGGAUGAAACUUUAAAGUUUACCCAUAAUAAUGUGACAGCAAAGAUUCAUAGAGGAAAUAAUAAAGAAUCGAAUAUUUCAACUAGCGAAACAAUUCAAGUUGUAAGGACUUUGCCUCAAUAUCAACAGACACUUUCUCGUUACUGGACACAUAUUAGUUUGAUUGGGGAAUGUUAUGAUAUAUUAAAAAAAAAUGACAUUACAUCUAUUGGCGAGAUUGAGCAAUGUAUUGCAACAAUGUUAGAUUCUGAUGGAAAGUCCUUAAGUGCAACUAAACAAAGAAGUAAUCUUCUUGCUGUGUUAGGCAAUUCUACACUAGGAAGGCUAGAUGAGGAAUUUCCAGUCAUUAAGGACAGUAAUGACAAACUUAGAUUGAUUUUAUUAUAUAUCUCACAUUAUACAGGAGUAAGUAAUGAUGAUUUAAAUCAGCUAAUUGAUUUCGGAAAACUCUCAAACGACGAUCAAAUCGUGCUUAAGAAACUUCUUGGAUUAGGUUUGUGUAACUCAUUUGAAGAUAUUGCAACAGGAAAUGGGAAACAUAUUCAUAAAUAUGAGAUUAGUAAUAAAGAAAGAGUUAAAUACUUUAAGCAGAGAUUGAGAAAUAUAGAAAUUAACCUUUCUAGAUUUGAGCCUCUAAUAAAGACUAUUGUUUAUCAUCUUCUUUGUCAGCUUAAUAUUGGUAAUAACUCGAUAAUUUCUUAUAAUACUUUUAAUCAAAAGAAUUUUAACGAAGACUUUCCCUGUGUUGGCAAAUCAAAUACUAAUGAAGGCCCUUACUAUUUACUUGGAAACUUUAAUCAUAUUCAAUCUCACUCCUUUUCUUUGCCUAGGUAUUCUUUGAAUAGGAAAGUCGUGAUUGUAUUUGUAUUAGGGUCCAUCACAUUUCCGGAAAUUAGAUGUAUUUAUGAGCUUAUGAAUGAAUCGAAUUCUAACAUUUAUAUUGGAGGAAUUAAUAUCACUACUCCUACUCAACUUAUAAACCAAGUUCUUUACUCGUAG